AUGUCUUUCGUAGAGUUCUACAUCACUUCCAACCCGCCGCUUCGUCCGAGCGGAGUCAAGUACGUCCUGGAGCAGGUCCAGAAAAAUCAGAUCCCAUUCAUCGAGAUCCUCUACGAACCCAGCGUUCCUUGGUUUCAGUGCCUGGUUGCUGCUGGCGAGGAGGCCACAUUGGCUCACUUCUUGAAGGCGGUUCUGUUCCACAUUGUGGACAGCCAGGCUGACGACUUUCUCUUCGACCAACAGCCUGGAGAUGUCGACUUCGCACCUGAAGAAGAUCCUUUGGUCUUUACUUGGCGUCCUUUCGGCGAUUCUCCCGAGGAAGACAAAGCGUACGAUCCUUAUCGGUACCCUGAAUCUUUCCAGCAGUUCCCGUUCAAGACUGUCUGGCAACGUUUGCAGACGGUUACUUCUCUAGGCAAUCUCGAUGUAGCCAAGGUCUUACAGAGAGAGGAGGAUCCAGUGUGGUCCCUGGAAAGAUUCUCUCAGCUCGUAGGUUGUGAGGUUUCUCACAAUUUUGGGCAAGAUGUCAUCUAUCUUGGUGCCCAAACGGAGGCUUCCGUCGACGAUGCAGUCCGAAAGCUGGACAUGCUCCUCUACUAUCGCAAAACCGGAUUGCCGCCUGCAACGCACCUGAUUCUGCCGCCGCAUCCUCGGGCGCGUUUCCAGCUAGACAUCCGAAGGAUUUCGGAUUUUACGAUGGCCCAAUCCACGAUCUUGAAGACUUCGCCAACGGUUUCCCAAGCCGAAUACCGAGAUCUGUAUAUGAAGGGCCACAUCAUCACAUACCGAAUUCAAGGAACCGCCCAGCCGGUCUUUCCGGCAUUGAAGGAUGCUUUUACCACGAGGGAGGAUCCGCCCGAUGUGGAAUUUCGCGAGUUUUCUCCCUUUGCUAAGGCCUUCUAUACUCCUAGAGAGGCUUUGAAGAGAAGGGAGAAGCCCGUGGUCGAUCAGCCGAAGCCUGUACCCAACAAUGAUCAGCCAAAGUCUGCAUUCAUUCCUGACCAGCCAAAACACAAAUCUGUCUCUGAUCAACUAGAGCCCGCGCCCACCCCCGAUCAUCCAGAGCCUAGACUCUUGACUGCCGGCCGAUCUAUAGAUGGACUCGCCUCUCCAAAGAGUGCAUCAACUUCCUCGAUCAGGGCUCAUCAUCAAAAAAUGAACGUAUCCAUCCUUAAUUGGAUUCAAAACGUCGAAAAUCUUCCUCCUCAAAACAUAGCGAGCCCUUCUAUUACUUCCGGCCCAGCGUCGGAUCUUGCGACUAUUCCCAUCAGAGCACCCGAUGAAUCCCCAAUCCCCUGGGAAAUACCUGGAGUAGAUGCAACAGUCCAUGUACCAAUCCGCGCAAUAGACGAAUGCAUCCUGGGCAACCUGGGCAGCUCCAUGGUGAGCACAAAGGAGUUGCUGCCUCGUCUUACUCGAGGAAAUUCUGGCCGACUUGAUCUCCUAGGCCCAAUCGAUGAGAAGAUAUCUAGUGCUCCUCUAAUGGAGGCCAAGAAUGUCGUACUAUCCGGGCAGAACAGAAGCAAGGGUUCAAACUACACGAAAUCGGUUCACUCGCGUUUCGUGGAGCUUCCGAUAUCUCAGGAAGGCAGGAAUACCAUCUCAAACCCCACGAGACGACUGAAUCGAAGCAAGGUUGAUGAGCUUUUCAGUCUUGGGGAUGACCAAGAAGUUCUGAGAAACUUGAUGGAACCAUUGGCUCCCACUCCUGCGUGGGUGCCCAGCACUCUUCAACCGCGGUUGAUGGAGGAGAGCUUGCCGCCCAGGGAGUAUCAUCAGACAAUGAACCAAAAGUCUGGGGGAAGGCAAAAUAAGCAGGCUAAAGGACGCCCAACACCUAUAUUUGAGUCACGGCCAUGGUUGGCAUCGUCUUCUUCUAUUGUUGCCCCCGGUGGUAGCCAACACGCUCAGAGGGCCGAUUCGUGGGCACAGCCACACACAAGCGGUCAAGGAUCAGGUGAAAGCAACGUCCCAACGUCGGGAACAGACCGGGCGUUGUCUAGCUUGCCCGAGAGCUUCAGAAGCCGCGGCUUCAGUCUCUCAGGCGGACGUAUGACGGCUCGCAAACUGCCUUUGACUAUGGAGAUCAGCGCCAAGGAUCGGGCCAACUUUGUGACUGCCCUCGAAGAGCGCCUCGUCAAGAUGGCUGGCAGAGCAAAGGGGCUUAUUGGUCGAGUUUCGCUUCACUGCGUACUCGGACGUAUAGUCAUGGAAAAUAUCCAUGAAAGUGCGGUUAACUUCACCGGAAGUGGUGCGGAAAGGGCGUGUUUCGACCAGCACCAUCUCCUCCGCGAGCUGGCGGUUUUCGAUGAGUCUAAUGUCCGGUUCCAUCCCAUCAUUUCCAUGAACGGAGCGGAUGCCGACCGGCUCGUCAAUGUAGCUUGGACGUCUACAAAUGCCAGCAAUCACCAGUGGACAUUGCAAUCCACCAAGGCCUUUUUCGACUUCAACUGCCGCAGUGUCCAGACAGGCGCCAAGUUCACCGUGGAGGUGGACUCGCAGGACAUCACUGCCACAUUUCAGUCGCAUAAUGGCACAAGCAUUGUCGAUUUGAUCUACAUCCAUUGCCCCAAUCGGUCGUGGGACCUGAAUUUCAUCCUAAAGGUUACUGACACAGAUUAUUUCUCGCGGAAGUACUCGACCUUUGUGCAGUCUAUCAUGGACGGCCUUGAGAUCGAAGCUGCCCCUUUUGGCAAAGCCAACCUGCGCUUUGAACUGGAUCCCAGCUAUGGCGUGGCUGUUAACCAAGUCCGUGUCCGCCAUGUUGCCCGUUAUCAAGAUGGUGAAAAUGGAGACACCUACCUUGACAUCACCAUGUGGCAGGAUACGAAGUUGACAGCCGAAGUCCCAGAUGGACAGAAGGAUGGAACUCGAAUCGUGAAGGCCACUCCUUCGGAGAAGGAUGAUAAACGGGGUCUCGCGAAUAUCUGGUAUGAAGCCCAUUUUUCAUCUCGACACGCCGAGGAAAUUUUCGCGGAGAAUGAGACGGUGGAAUUCGGCGACGAGGCGCAGUGGACGGUGAAGACGCUGAAGGAGAAGGGCGUAUUCCAGAGUCUUUACAAGCCCGCGGUGGGGAUGGUUGAAAAGAUUGACGACAUUGGCAAUAUGAACGACAACGGCCGCAACCCGUUCCAUGCGCCGGCCGGAAAUGAUAGGAGCCGCAAGCCAGAAAGCUGCCGACCGGCGAGAAGCAGCUUCCAGAUGGAUUGGUAG